GGUCGCUAUCGUUGGACUCACGCAAACGGUGCCGAUAUUCUUAAAGCCUACAAUGCUAGGAUUUCGACUUGGCUUCACGCCACUUUUAAACGUGCGCGAAAAAGUUCGAAAAAGCCUAAAUGGGUUUCGGAUGAAGUGUGGUCCAACCUUUGUCGCCACUGGUCUUCUGAUCCGAAAUUCUUGGCCAGAAGUGAAUCCGGUAAGAAAAACCGGAUGUCCGAGAAGGCCUUGGAGAUGCAGUGGCACGGGGGUCGCAAAUCUCAGAAUGCCCAUAAAGAAACUCUUGCUGGUCCUGAGAAGAAGAGGGUUGGUGUUCUCCGGCUCGUCAAGCAUUGCUGGACGAAGCACGGCGAGGAAUCUGAAGCCGAUCUGCCACCCCGCCUCGCUGACUUCGAAGUAUGUAGCAUCAUAUUUUGUUAUUUAGUAA